AUGGACGUUACGUUCAGAGUCCCCGAUUCUCAAAAGACCUCACACAGUGUAUUCGGGAAUGUUAAGCCCAUAUCAGACCAAACAGACAAUGUUACUUCGGACAUUCUUCGUAGGCCCUCAACAGUAAAAACGCAGUUCGGAGAAGUAAGUGGUGUGCUAUCAACAGUGAAUGGAACUCAGAUAUUACAAUUUCUUGGCCUACCUUUUGCUAAACCACCCGUUGGACAAAGACGUUUUGCCGCACCAGAACCACCAGAGAAGUGGACUGGUAUCAGAGAUGGCUCUCACUUCGGUAACGAAUGUCUCCAAAACUACCUGACCAGCCGGGCUUAUGAAAAUCGCACCCGUGGCGAGGACUGCCUUAACUUGAACAUCUACAGCCCAUCCACCAGCACAAACAGCGCUCCUUUGCCCGUCAUGGUUUGGAUACACGGUGGAAACUAUUACAUCGGGGCCGGCUCUCGCUAUGACGGGUCUGCACUUGCUGCUAAAGACGUCAUUGUUGUCACGCUCAACUACCGACUAGACGUCUUUGGCUUUCUCUCCUCGGAAGACAAUGUUAUUCCAGGAAAUUAUGGAUUACUCGACCAGCUCCAAGCUCUGAAAUGGGUUAAGGAAAAUAUCGCCGAUUUUGGUGGAGAUCCGCAUCAAGUAACAGUUUUCGGGGAAAGUUCUGGAUCUGGCGCCACCUCUUUGUUAGUGUUGUCUCCUCUCAGCAAAGGUUUGUUCCACAGAGCGAUUAUGCAGAGCGGUGUGUCCCUCAGCCCGUGGGUGGUCGACCAUCCCGCUGUGAGGAUGUCCCCGCGCAUCAUGACAAACCUGAUAGGUGGGCUCGUGGGCUGCACCCAGUGGGACGCUCAUAAGCGUCUGGCUUGUCUCAGAAGGGUGGACGCCGAGUUCCUCCACGACGCCACCAGAAACGUGACGUGGAACGCCGAUGCCGGGACGGUGAUGAGUCCGAGAGUGGAGAACGUCUUCGGAGUCCUCCCGGACCUGCCGGUGAGAAUGCUGGCGAGAGGCGAGUUUAACAAGGUGGAUACCAUCCACGGCUAUACCGCUGACGAGGAAGGUGGGACAAUCAGCGACCCCGAUAACAACGGACUCACACGAGACGAGUUCCGUAAAAACUUGCUCUCAGCUUUCCGUCCGUAUGCUUUUACAGAUCAAGAUAAUCUAAUCAGGGAAAUGGCAAAUUUGUAUCUCGGAAAUUCGUCUGAUCCGUUCUACAUAAGAGCUCAGACAUUACGAGCGCGUUCAGAUUUCUCAGUCAUUGGUGCAACUCUCAAUGAAAUACAAAUGAUUGUCAACAAAGACUCUACAAAGAAACAUUACCUCUACAACUUCAAAUAUAGGCCAAGCUUCUCGUACGCACCAAACUACCAAAACGCCACUCAUUUUCAGGACGUUUCUUUCGUCUUUGGAGUUGACCUCAAAGCCUCUCAGCUCCUUGGUGGAGUCCCCAACGAUGCAGACCGUGCCGUGUCCGACCAAGUCUUAACGAUGUGGACAAAUUUCGCCAAAACUGGAGACCCAACUUCGCCAAUGCCCCAAAACGCAAUGAAAUGGGGCGUAUUCACAAAAGCAAGUCCAAAGUUUAUCACAAUCGACUCCGCUUCAUUUGUAUCCGUCUUCAAGGACUUUAAGUAUUCAGACUUCUACAGAAAAAUUACUCAGAAACUGGACACUGUCGAGGAUUUCAGUGGGGCUAUUGUUGGCUAA